UGAGACGCGUUCCCCGCGUGACGCGCGGCGCGGCGGCUCUUACCUUUGACAUCUGACCUUUAAAGAACUCUCGCCGCUACAAUGUUUCGCGUGCGAGCGUUCCGUUCACGUUACUCGUUUUCUUCGCGUUCACGUUCUGAGGGCGACAUGUUUUGGCUGACCAUGGCGAGGUUUCUGGUGUUAGCGCUGCUGACUCUGUCGUCCUUCUCUUCUCCCACGCGGGCCGAAAUCUUCACGUCCAUCGGCCAAAUGACAGACCUGAUCUUUACGGAGAGGGAGCUCGUCCAAUCCCUGAAGGAAUACAUCGAAGCAGAAGAAAUGAAGCUUGAAGCUGUGAAGAGCUGGGCUAACAAGCUGGAUAUGUUGACGCGUGCGUCUACGUCGGACCCCGAAGGCUUCCUGGCUCACCCGGUGAACGCCUACAAGCUGAUGAAGAGACUCAACACCGAGUGGACGGAGUUAGAGAGUCUGGUGCUGCAGGACCCUUCGGACGGCUUCAUAUCGAACAUGUCCGUGCACAGACAGUAUUUUCCCGACGAGGAGGAUGAGAAGGGAGCAGCCAAGGCGCUCAUGCGUCUUCAAGACACGUACAAACUGGACUCGGAGAGUUUCUCCAAAGGCAAGCUGCCAGGGGUUCGCUACGAGGCCGAGCUGACGGUGGACGACUGCUUUGACAUGGGCAAGCUGGCCUACAAUGAGAACGACUACUACCACUCGGUGCUGUGGAUGCAGCAGGCGCUCAGGCAGAUGGACUCGGGAGAAGACGCCAAGACGCCCAAAGCCGAUAUUCUGGAUUAUCUGAGUUACUCAGUCUAUCAGAUGGGCGACCUGCCACGGGCCAUCGAGCUCACCCGACGCCUGGUGGCCAUCGAUCCCAGCCACCAGAGGGCAGGAGGAAACCUGCGCUACUUCGAGCGGCUGCUGUCUAAAGAGCUGAGGGACCGGGGCCGGAGCCAGCAGGAGCCAGCGGACGAGAGGCCCAUUCAGCUGGACACCUACGAGCGGCCCAAAGACUACCUGCCCGAGAGAGAGGUGUACGAGGCGCUCUGCAGGGGAGAGGGAGUCAAGAUGACUCAGAAGAGGCGCAGCCGGCUGUUCUGCCGUUAUCAGGACGGGGACAGGAACCCUCGCCUGCUGCUCCGGCCCAUGAAGGAGGAGGACGAGUGGGACAGCCCUCACAUCGUCCGCUUUCUAGAGGCCCUCUCCGACGAAGAGAUCGAGAAGAUCAAGGAGCUGGCCAAACCUAAGCUUGCGAGAGCCACUGUGAGAGACCCGAAAACAGGCGUUCUGACGGUCGCCCACUACAGAGUCUCCAAGAGCGCGUGGUUAGAAGGGGAAGACGAUCCAGUGAUAGAGCGGGUCAAUCAGAGAAUAGAGGACGUCACCGGCCUGUCCGUAGACACCGCAGAACUUCUACAGGUGGCCAACUAUGGCGUUGGAGGUCAAUAUGAACCACAUUAUGAUUUCUCAAGGCGACCUUUUGACAGCAACCUCAAGGUUUAUGGAAAUAGACUUGCCACCUAUCUGAACUACAAAGAUGAACCUGAUGCUUUCAAAUCAUUAGGCACUGGAAAUCGUGUGGCUACUUUUUUAAAUUAUAUGAGUGAUGUAGAGGCUGGUGGGGCGACGGUGUUCCCCGACUUUGGAGCCGCUAUUUGGCCUCGAAAGGGAACAGCGGUGUUCUGGUACAAUCUUUUUAAGAGCGGAGAAGGAGACUACAGAACUAGACACGCAGCCUGUCCUGUUCUAGUAGGCAGUAAAUGGGUUUCUAACAAAUGGAUCCACGAGAGAGGCCAGGAGUUCAGACGCCCGUGUGGCCUGACUGAAGUGGACUGAUCCGACUCGCUGCGAGACGUUUAAGAGUUGCAGUCAGGACUAUCUGCUGUGAGACACGGGCUGGCUGGGGAUCGGGAGCCGUGCUGUGUGCAGGGGACUUCUCUGGUAAUAGGAGUGCUGUUGUUCACCCCUCGCUUAACAUUUCUUGGCAGAUUAAACUGGAGUAUCGUGUCAUGUCAGAAAUCUCUUUGUGUUCAUGUAAUGCGUAAAUUAUUGUCCCGUUCUUUGGCGUUCAUUUUAUAUUCUUAUGUUGUUUGCAAUAAAAAUGUCUAAAUAUGAA